UAUAUAAACGAUGAAUUAUCCAGAUUGCUCCUGGAACUGGAACGUGUCAUAAACGAUGAAUGGUCCAGAAUGCUCCUGGAAAGCGUCAUUCUAACUGGCUUGAUACUCCCCGGUGUCGGCAACAAACCACCCGACAAACUAGCGGCAAUCAGAAACGAAUAGGCCUCGCGCCUGAUGAAAAUUGACAAGAAAUGGGUUGAAAAUUUUGAAUGGAUUCGUGACAGAGUGUCUCGGGGCACAUCCAACAAGCUACCUCUAAGCCAUAUCGUGAAGGCAGCAAAGGUAGAGGCCAACCCGCAUGUAUGGUGGACCAUACCGCUUUUACAGCGCUACAGAUCGCGACGCCUUUCCCCAUUGGCUGUAGUGGCGCUCGCUUGCGCGGAGGACUUGAUCAAUGGCUUUUAUGGUGUCCAAGGCCCCAUCCCACUCUCGAUUUCGUUCCCGCUUCUUUAUACCGUGAGACCUACAAGACAAGACGGGGUUAUGGAACAACUGGAUUGUGUCAAGUAUCUCGCCUCAGCAUACAAAAAGGAAUUUCACAGGCUUCACGAUAUAUUCGAUGCUGAUGGUUCCAGUCCUCCGAUGUUUACGAAUAUUGAGCAUGUUAACACAUACAGUGAGUUCAGGAAACUGAGGUCACUGGUCGCCGACUUGGAACAUCUGAUAUAUGGAGAUGAGAUGCCAAAACAACAGGACACGCAUCGUCCCACGAAGGUUGCCAAAGUUGGUGAUAAUAUGCCAAAGCACAAUGGGCCAGCCUUCAGUACAAAAGACUGUAUCCUAUCCAUCCUACAAAUAUUUCGUGAGCUUGAAGCUCAACACAUUGCUUGGCGCAACAUCACAUUUCCAGAGUAUGCGGCCAUACCCAGAACGGACAAUGAGGCUGUUUCAGAUACGAUCACACUAACUCCAAAAGAUGGAGAAACUCUUACAACGGAUCAGGUUCUGCAACUUCUUGACCAUCGCAAAACAGGCCCGCUAAAGGAUGAAGGCUUCGUUGUAUGGCUCGGUAAAUCAGAUGAUCUUCAAACCGAUGGACACCAGUUCUUUUGGAUGAGAAAGAAGAAUAAAAUUGCGCGCAAAAAUGGACCACGAAGCCACGGGAAACGAGCCGAAGACCGGAUGAGGGUGCGAGUACUCAAGGCUCAACUCGCAGGGUCCAGCUCUGGGAAUGAAAGUGGGAAGGGCUUAGUCGCUGACACCAGUGCCAAGGACGAGACCAUGGUCGAGACUGAGACAGAGAGGGUUGAGUUGAAGGACUUGAGAGAGCUGAUCAAGCGUGACUUUUUGCGUUGGGUGACUCCAGCUUCUGCUUCCGCUUCCCAAUCACAGGAUAAGGGUUCGAUUUCAGCUUCGAAGGAGCCAGUUCAACCUUCCAAAGAAGCUUCCGCUUCCCAAUCACAGGAUAAGGGCAAGAAGAAGGAUGACGCCACCUCCAAGGUCCCGGAAAACCCCAUACCAAAGCCAUAUCGUCAUGUAGGCGAUGCCUUUGCGGCCGUGCAGGCUGAGUUGAAGGGCAGCAAAGAGAAUCAGCUUGGAACAGAAGAGUUGAGAAUAGCCUGCAGUUCUCCACCAAAGGAAGAAGCAGGUGAAGGGUCAAGUGCCCUUGCUGGGCCUUCUCGGACUCAGAGUGAGAGGCCUGUUUUCGAAGAUCAGGAUGUAUGGUGCGUGAUUGACAGGCUGAGGUCGCUUGCGCAAGUAGAUGGUAUUGGGGAAGCCUUGAGGUUUGAAAGGGGCUUGCAAAAAUGGGAGAAGGGUGACCCUGAUUUGGUGAUAACCGUUGCUACGGUCCUCGCUGCUUCACGGAUGGAGCCGGGCUUCACUGUCUCUCCUGAGCUGAUGGUUGCUGCGAGAAAAAGGGAGUUGGCUGCUGCGAGGAAGAUUGCUGCUGCCGGUGGUGCUGCCGAUGAGGAUGUCGUCGGCGACGCUGGUGAUGAUCAUGUUGGUGCAGAAGGUGUCGGUCCUGACUCUGUUGGUGGCCCCCCUGUUGCUGAUACUGAUACAUCUCCUGGUGGUCGGGUCAAUCCUGCUUCUUCAACUGCUGGGUCUUCUGGCAAUCCCGCUAAUUCUGAGAACAUUGCAAGCCUCAGAGGUGGUGGCCUGGAUGAACCUGAUUUUUGGAACGCGCUGGAGGAGGAUUCAUAGGAGGAUCAGGCCGUUACCCUGGAGCAGGACGAAGCAACAGGAACACUCCGCCGCGCAAAAGAAGUCCAG